CCUAGCUCGCCUUCAAGCCUGAACUUGAAGCUUUGUGAAGACUUUCCUCAAGGCCAUGGCAAUGCAAAUGGCGGUUUGCAGGUCCAUUGCAGCUAUAGCACGGGCAGGUAGGCACUAGACUAAGUCUAUGACUUCCAAGGCCGUUCAAGUGGUGUCUUUAAAAGUGUCAUUAGCACACGUGACUGCUUGAAGCAGCCACUCCGGUCCAUGCGGAAUGCUGUAACUUUGAGUGUACUAAGGUACCGGGCAUUGCGCUUGACAUGCUGGUGAACAGUCUUUUCAGAGCAAUGGAUACUGUCAGUGUUGUGAAGAAGUUAUGCAGGUGGAAUGCAGCCUGCAUUUCCCCACCCAGAAAUAUGCUGAAGAAGUUGGCAGUAAAUAUUCCACCACUGCACACUUGGAAGAGCUUCUUUCCGAGCUGGACAGCAAUCGGCUUUUCCGGAACACUCCUUCACAAUCGUCAAUUUCAGACGGGUCAUGUUUUUCGCCUUGCCUCUAUACAGACAGACACACCCUGCACAGCUUCUGGAAACGGGUCAAGCAAGAGAGAAGCUCCGUUGUAUGAUGCGAGCAGCAAAAGUCAUGACAGUCAGUAUGAUGCAGAGGCGCUGGGAGGAUCAAUGCAAGCUGCAAAGAUCUACGUCGAAGGAGACAAUGCUGACGCGCUCUGCGAUGCCCUGCUUGGCUGCGGGGCUGCUUCCUGCAGCAUUGAAGAUGCCAACCUGGACCAGGAAGGGGAGGAGGAGAUCUACUCGGGGCCGGAGCCUUGGGGAUCCCCUGCAGACAUGAGGCUAUGGGAAAAGAGCGCCGUGACCGCCCUCUUUCCUGCCGACGUCAGCAUCAAGGAGGCCCUUGAAGAAGCCGCAGAGAUACUCGGGCUCCCAGGCCCGCCGCAGUAUGACGUCAGCAUGACGAAAGACCAGGACUGGGUGGAAACAAUCAAGGCCUCCUACCAACCGGUAGAGAUCUCCCGGGGGCUGUGGGUCAUACCGUCCUGGUGUGAGCCUAUCGACCCGGGCGCCAUCAACGUCUUUCUCGAGCCCGGGGUGGCCUUCGGAACGGGGGAUCACCCAACGACGCGGCUGUGCCUGGCGUGGAUUAGGAGCGUGGUUAAGGGCGGGGAGCGCGUUAUGGACUACGGGAUCGGGUCGGGCAUCUUGGCGAUCGCGGCGGUCAAGUUGGGAGCAGCGCAGGCCGUCGGUGUCGACAUCGAUCCGCUGUCCAUCACCGCGUCGCGCCACAACGCCGAGCGGAACGGCCUGAAGCCGGAAACCCUCCGCGUCUACCUAGCAGAUCGAGAAAGCGCCGGCAACCCGCUCCCGGAAAACAUCUCAGUCGUCAGAGACUCGGACGAAGCGAAGGGGGGCGUGGGAGCCUUCGACAUUGUCGUUGCGAACAUCCUGCUAAACCCGUUGGUUGCGUUGGCGAAAACGAUUACAGGCUACGCUAAACCAGGAGCGGUGGUUGGUUUAUCAGGAGUGCUGGAGGAACAAGUCCCCCGGGUUGUGAGGACUUAUGAAGAGUACUUGGAGGAUAUACAGGUCACGACAGAAGAUGGUUGGGCAUGCGUGACUGGCCGAAGACGCUGAGAAGCCGCUUUUUCGUAGAAUGUCGAUACGUUGAAGCUUCUUCAACGACUGGACUUCCGAUUCAGCUCUGAAAUUACUCAUCUACAUAUUGCCGGCGC